AUGGGGCGCCAGCCCUGGGAGGGGGAUUUAGAGGACCGGCAUGUGCUUGGGUGCUGGUAACUUUAGGGUUUCUCCUUUAUGGUACAAGAGUUAAAACAGUACCUUUGCCUGUCAUGUAGACUUUCUCAUUUCCCAUGCUGUGUACCUGACCUUCUCAUUUUCUCCCUCCUUUGGUAGGAAGAAGAAAGGCAUUUGGCCUCUCCCCUUCCUCCAGUCUAACACCUCCCUCUGUUUUUUGCCCCUCCCUCUUAUCUUUGUUUCCUUAUCAACCUCUCCCUAAAGCUCUGCCUUCUCCUUAUAAGGCUUGGCGAGGCGCCUUUGGCAGGGUUGCAGCGGAGAUCCAGCUCUCUCCUUCCUGCUUCCUCCUUGCUGUGGUGGCUGGGAUGCUUCUCACAUGACUUUUUGAAUCUAGACUGGGCUGUUCUCUGUUAAGCCAAUCAGUUGCGACCUUCUCUUAACAGUGUGACGUGAGGGGGUCUUCUCCCUCCUCCCUCCUCCCUCUGUGAUCCACCUUCUUUUUUACCCUGCCCUGUGGCGGCUCCGCCCCUUACCUUCAUGGAUGACUCAGAGGUGGAGUCCACCGCCAGCAUCUUGGCCUCUGUGAAGGAGCAAGAGGCCCAGUUUGAGAAGCUGACCCGGGCGCUGGAGGAGGAACGGCGCCACGUCUCGGCGCAGCUGGAACGCGUCCGGGUCUCACCACAAGAUGUCAACCCACUCAUGGCCAACGGCACCCUCACCCGCCGGCAUCAGAACGGCCGGUUUGUGGGCGAUGCUGACCUUGAGCGACAGAAAUUUUCAGAUCUGAAACUCAACGGACCCCAGGAGCACAGUCACCUUCUGUAUAGCACCAUUCCCAGGAUGCAGGAACCAGGGCAGAUUGUGGAGACCUACACGGAGGAGGACCCAGAGGGAGCCAUGUCUGUUGUAUCUGUGGAGACGUCAGAUGACGGAACCACUCGGCGCACGGAAACCACAGUCAAGAAAGUCGUGAAGACUGUGACCACACGGACAGUACAGCCAGUCCCUGUGGGGCCGGACGGGCUGCCUGUGGACCCCUCGUCUGUCUCCAACAACUACAUCCAGACUCUGGGUCGUGACUUCCGCAAGAAUGGCAACGGGGGGCCUGGGCCCUUCGUGGGCCAGGCAGGCACAGCCACCCUUCCCAGGAACUUCCACUACCCGCCUGACGGCUACGGCCGCCACUAUGAAGACGGUUAUCCAGGCAGCGGCGACAACUAUGGCAGCCUGUCCCGGGUGACCCGCAUUGAGGAGCGGUACCGGCCCAGCAUGGAAGGUUACCGGGCUCCGAGCAGACAGGACGUCUACGGGCCCCAGCCCCAGGUUCGGGUCGGUGGGAGCAGCGUGGAUCUGCAUCGCUUCCAUCCAGAGCCCUAUGGGCUGGAAGACGACCAGCGCAGCAUGGGCUACGACGACCUGGACUACGGCAUGAUGUCCGACUAUGGCACUGCCCGUCGCACGGGGACCCCCUCUGACGCUCGCCGACGCCUCAGGAGCUAUGAAGACAUGAUUGGUGAGGAGGUGCCAUCAGACCAGUACUAUUGGGCUCCUUUGGCCCAGCAUGAGCGGGGGAGUUUAGCGAGCUUGGAUAGCCUGCGCAAGGGAGGGCCCCCACCCCCCAACUGGAGACAGCCGGAGCUGCCGGAGGUGAUAGCCAUGCUUGGAUUCCGCCUGGAUGCCGUCAAGUCCAAUGCAGCUGCAUACCUGCAACACUUGUGCUACCGCAAUGACAAGGUGAAGACUGACGUUCGGAAGCUCAAAGGCAUCCCAGUCCUGGUGGGAUUGUUAGACCACCCCAAAAAGGAAGUGCACCUUGGCGCCUGUGGAGCUCUCAAGAACAUCUCUUUUGGGCGUGACCAGGAUAACAAGAUUGCCAUAAAAAACUGUGAUGGUGUCCCUGCCCUUGUGCGUUUGCUCCGAAAGGCUCGCGAUAUGGACCUCACCGAAGUCAUUACUGGAACCCUGUGGAAUCUCUCAUCCCAUGACUCGAUCAAAAUGGAGAUUGUGGACCAUGCACUGCAUGCCUUGACAGAUGAGGUGAUCAUCCCGCACUCUGGUUGGGAGCGGGAGCCUAACGAAGAUUGUAAGCCACGCCAUAUUGAGUGGGAGUCUGUGCUCACUAACACAGCUGGCUGCCUUAGAAAUGUCAGCUCAGAGAGGAGUGAAGCUCGCCGGAAACUUCGGGAAUGUGAUGGUUUAGUGGAUGCUCUCAUUUUCAUUGUUCAGGCUGAGAUUGGGCAGAAGGAUUCAGAUAGCAAGCUGGUGGAGAACUGUGUUUGCCUCCUUCGGAACUUGUCCUAUCAAGUUCACCGGGAGAUCCCACAGGCAGAGAAAUACCAAGAGGCACCUCUCAGUGUCGCCAACAACACUGGGCCACAUGCUGCCAGUUGCUUUGGGGCCAAGAAGGGCAAAGAUGAGUGGUUCUCCAGAGGGAAAAAACCCACAGAAGAUCCAACAAAUGAUACAGUGGAUUUCCCUAAAAGAACUAGUCCUGCUCGAGGCUACGAGCUUUUAUUUCAGCCAGAGGUGGUUCGGAUAUACAUCUCACUCCUCAAGGAGAGCAAGACUCCUGCUAUCCUAGAAGCCUCAGCUGGAGCUAUCCAGAAUUUGUGUGCUGGACGCUGGACAUAUGGUCGAUACAUCCGCUCUGCUUUGCGUCAAGAGAAGGCGCUCUCUGCUAUAGCUGACCUCCUGACCAGUGACCAUGAGCGGGUAGUGAAAGCUGCAUCUGGAGCACUGAGAAACCUGGCUGUGGAUGCCCGCAACAAAGAGUUAAUUGGUAAACAUGCUAUCCCUAACUUGGUAAAGAAUCUGCCAGGUGGCCAACAGAGCCCUUCCCAGAAUUUCUCAGAGGACACCGUGGUCUCUAUUUUGAACACCAUCAAUGAGGUCAUCGCUGAUAACUUGGAGGCUGCCAAAAAGCUUCGAGAGACACAGGGCAUUGAGAAGCUGGUGUUGAUCAACAAAUCAGGGAACCGUUCAGAAAAAGAAGUUCGAGCAGCAGCACUUGUAUUACAGACAAUCUGGGGAUAUAAGGAACUGCGGAAGCCACUGGAAAAGGAAGGCUGGAAGAAGUCAGACUUUCAGGUGAAUCUAAACAAUGCUUCUCGAAGCCAGAGCGGUCACUCAUACGAUGAUAGCACUCUUCCUCUCAUUGACCGGAACCAGAAAUCAGAUAAGAAACCUGAUCGGGAAGAAAUUCAGAUGAGCAAUAUGGGAUCAAACACAAAAUCCUUAGAUAACAACUAUUCCACGCUGAAUGAGAGAGGGGACCACAAUAGAACACUGGAUCGAACCGGGGAUCUGGGUGAUAUGGAGCCCUUGAAGGGAACACCCCUUAUGCAGAAGAUUUAACACCACUAUCUCCGCUCCAUUUGGGCUUAUAAUAUAUAUACUUUUAUUUUUGGUGGUGAAAUGGACUGAUGAUUUUUCUCUUUCUUCGCUGGACUAUUGUGCCAACUGCCAGGCUGCCUCCUGCCCUUGUAGCCCCGAGCGGCUGCCUUCUUCCCAUCAACUCCUAACUUCUUCCAGUGAAGUUUAAUUGUCCCUUCUCCCCCUGCCCCCAGAGCCCCUCCAGUUGUUCCCAAGAAGCCUGACUCAGUCAUAUGCAUAUCUUGAGAAACUGCUGCAGAUUAGCUCUUUUGCCAGCUCUCCCUGGAACUCUUGGCCUUGUGCGAAGGGAGGGAGAGAGUGGGAGUCUUCACAGGAAGCUGUAGGAAGAAUUGGAGUUGCGUGCUGUAAAUGCAGUGUCCAGCAAUCUGAUAAACCGAUGAUUCAUAAUCAAGAUUUUUUUUUGGGGUGGGGAAGGGACUUUUCAUUUUUCUCGGACAAUGGGAAGCGUGAGCUCUUCCCUUAUCCUAAUGACUAUUUUUGAAGCAAAGAAGGCCGGCGACAUUGGCACAUUCCAUCUGGCAAGGGCCUGUGAGUAGGUGAAGGUCCAGAACUGAGAUUAAGAUCAUUGCCCUCAUCAUCUCCAGGGCAGGGAUCAUCUGGGACCUACAGACUCCAUCUCUCCUCCAGGCCUGAUGCCGACCCUGGGCUGCUGCUGCCGCCCUGUACUGAGGCUGUCCUUAAACUUCUCCUGCCAUCCCAUGAUAAUGUCUGCUGACCUGGCCUGGCCAUUUGCAAGAUGCUGUAGAAAGGAGAAUGUAUCAAGGAAGACUUCUUGGGUGAGAAGGAGCAGAGAGAUGUCUUCUGGGGUGAAGAACAUCUAGGAGGAGCUAGUAGGAAUACACAUGAACCAGUUAGUCUGAAACUGGCAGGAAGCUUCAAAGCUGACUCCCCCAUCCCAUUUCUCCUCUUCUUACCCUGACAGCCCCCCGAUCCCCUGCUGCCUCCCUGGAUUAGUUGGCUGAUAAAGGACUUGAUGUACAUACUCCUGCCCCCUUUACCCCCGAAAGGUGGAGAUCGCCUCUGGCUUUGCCUCUUCUUUGUGCCUUUGGCCUGGGAUGCAUCUCCCCCUUCCCUUCCAUGUGCCUUUCUUUGCCUCUGCAGUCUCACUUCUCAUGAUUUUGCGAAUUAUAUUUUGUUGCUUUCUUACCUAUUGGCCCUAAGUUAGCAGAAUGGAGAGGUGACCUUGAGAACCUCGAUUCUCCUUUGGGAAUUGGUAUAGUCUCUAAUUUCAGCCAUACAUCGUAACUUUUGCACCACAGUAUAUGGUUGGGAUUUUGCAAAAAUCCUGUUCUGAUGAAUCUGAAAAAGAGCUUGGAGGGAGGAGUGGUGAGUGGUGCAGCUCUCGUUCCUUGGUUGCGCAGAAUUGACCAUCAUCUUUGAAGGGUUGUAGGGAAGUCGUCUUGUCCCCACUCCCACCGUCCAGCCUCCUUUCAAUUUAGUGCAUAUUAUUAGCAUGCUGGGCUAAAGGAUUCAGCUGCUAUGCUGGUUGAUUUUUUUUUUUUAAAACAAAUUUCCUUAGUUGCCUUUGACUCCUACCUUAAUCUAAAAGCUCUGUUCAAUGCAACUGGAAAGUCUUUAUCCUUCUCUCUCCCCCUUCCCUUAUAUAUUGAGGCUAUGGGGUAGGAGAAAAGUGCACAACCCACCACUCCCCUUGCCAUUGCCCUAUGCAUUAAAACCCUUACUUACCCUACUCCCCUUCCAUUUCUUCCUUCUCCUUUUCUGGCACAGAGGAGCUUGCUUCUCUGUGACCCUGAGAGCAUACUGCACAGGGACGUGCCCGUUCCAGACUGACUCCACUCUUGGUUUCUCUUGUCCUCUCCUGCUCUUUUCCUGGUGCUCUUCUCGGUGGGAUGUGGGUAAUAGAAUAGCCAUGAGCUUUGGGGAACAUUUAACUUUGUUUGUUUAUUGGUUGAUUUAUAAAAACACUAAACAUUCAAUUCCAGAGAACCAAAAAUCCCACUUUCCCACCGUACACUACUAAGGGGCAUGUCUCUGCUCCAUACCUUUUCUGUUCCCUUCUCUCUUGUUAAUGCUUUUAAAAAAAUGAGUUUUUUAUAUAAAUAAAGUUUUUAAAGUGUGUAUGUGGGGGGUCUGUGUCAUUUCUUCACUUCAAGCUGUGUCUCUUCCCCUCCUUUUCAUCUUGGUUGCUUACUUAUGUAUCAGCGUCCUUUUUCUUCCAGAGCCACCGUAAGGUGGUUAUACCAGAAUGGAUUUAUUUUGAGCCCAAUCCCAACUCUUACCGGCAGCGUUCUUUUUAAUUAUAUAUGAAAUGUUUUUUUCUCCUGAAGAUUCUUAAAAAUUAAAUGUGGCUAGGCCCUCCCCUGGUGGCGCAGCGGUUGAGCGCUGGACUGCGAAGCUGCCUGCAGCCUCUGCAGCGCCGGUUCGAUGCCCGGACACUGGCGAGGGUCCCACAUGGCGCGACAGACCUCUCCUGCCGUGCCUGCUGCUCCCCUCAGCAAUGUAUUUCAUCAGUCUGCCUGUUCUGUUCCCUGCUCUGGCUCUGGUGAAUUCUCUCACCCUCCCGAGCUUCUGACUGUAACCAGUGCUUGUAUAAAUAAAUAAAUAUUAAAAAAAAAAUGUGGCUAAGCGGACCACAGGAAGCAUACUGCUAACUUAGAGAGAUAGGAAGCUGAAGUAUGAAGACUUAAUGACUUCCUUAGUCACUGGGAUUCUCUUGCAACAUUUGACUAAACUAAUGUUGACCAAAGCCCAUCUCAGUGCAUGGCCUUCUAACAUUCAUGGGUGGUGACUAGAAGCCACCACCUCCUACUGCCAUCCUAAUAUGAAAAUGUAGAAUAAAAAGGCUCACGUAGGUAGGUACUGAACGCUGGGCCGUAACGGUGUUUCCUAGGCUGUCUGCAGUCUCAGAAAGAAGACAAGGACCAGGCCUACAGCUUCCUGAGUGUCCUACCAACUAAUGUGUGGGUGGGUGGCAAAUAUUUGUUGGAUUACCAGGGGUUGACUUCACUGCAGAGGCCAAGGGUUAAGACCUUUGGAAAGAGAUUGAUUUUUCCGCUGCUUGAAUUUCCUGUUAAAUGAUGAAAAAACUGGAGAGUUUAUCUAAAAUGCUUUCUGUAUGCCCAAAUCGUUUAGAUUAAAAUUGUAUAGCUGCUUCUGAUGGUGCUCACGUCUCAAUUUUGUUGAAAUAGGUCUUGGGUAUGAAAACUCGGGCUGGUGAGACUGGAAAUCCAAGCAUCAGAGCUGAUGACAUUUGAAGCUUGAUUUGUGCCGACUGGUUGUACUUUUAGUCUAGAAGGAUGAAGCACAGAGCCAAAAUGUGAUUAGAGUGUGCUUUCCAGAGAGUUCUGCAGCCACACUUGAGAAGGUUCUUAUCUGACCACCCCAGGGGAAUAGCCUUUGUUUUUGUGCUAGUUCCUAAUAUCCACUGGCACUGAGCUCUCCACAAGCCUUAUUCUCCCCUCCCUGGAUUGGCCCCUUCAUUUCAUUUCAGUAGAUAACACAGCAUCCUAUCCGGGAGGCUUUGUGGAGGUUUGGUUUAGAUGGGAGAAUGAAACAGGUGGCCCCUUUUGUGCAGAGGUUGUGAUUUGUGAGUCCUACAUAGCUAAGGCUAUGUCUUGGGGUCGUUUAGAAACGUUUCUCCUCUGCCCCUGCCCAGAAUGAGGCAUGUUCAGCAAUGAUCUGGGAAAUCCUCUUAAGUGUCUAGACACUGAAUUUGAAGCCUCUUAGUGUCUCUUAGCUUUGCGCAGUGGCAGUAUCGUAGCCAAUGAGGUUUAUCCGAGGCAUGAUUAUUGCUAAUUGAAAACUUAGUGUCUCUCAUACCAACUUUAGGACUGCUGUGCAUUAAUCAAGAUUUGCCCAGCCACUUCCCGAUGCUUGAGCGCCCGGGUUUUUCUGCAGGUGGUUAUGGAUGUUGCUUAGCUCCUCUUGUGCUUUCUGGUGAGCUUGUCUGAAAUAGCUGUGAUGAGUCUGGCCAUGAUGCUUCCUGGCAGCUCCCAGCAGUAACCCGUUUGGCCACUUUUCUUUCUUGCUGAUAGAACACACUUUGUCACAAACUGGAAAUACCUCACUCAGGAAGAAGGGAGAAUCAGUCUUCCUCGAUCGCUGUUUCUCAUUUUGUCUGUUUAUGUCUGAAAAUAGGAUAGGAUUAUUUUCAUAUAAAUAGAUGAUGUCAUUUUUGGAAUUGCUGGGUUUGGAGUGCAGGGUCCUCAGAUUCACUCUGGCAUAGGACCACCUUGACCUAGCCUUAGAGAGCUGAACAAACACGCUUACCCAGAAAGGUGGUUAAAAAUGUAGACUCUUGGGUUCCACUUCCAAAACUUGAUUCAAUAGGUAGGAAUCUGAAGUCUUCAGGAAUCUUAAGUCUUAAGUCACUGAGGUUUUCUGAUGCCUGUGGUCAACUAAUUACAACUUGAUACACUGAUUUAGUGACUUGCUUAAGCUUCCAGCCUCAACCUGGAAUCCAGAGUGACUGCCAGCUCCGUUGGCAGUGGUGCUAGUUUCCUAAAGGGUGUGGUUAUAACCCAGCAAGGGGAAUUCAUAGAGGAACAUUUAUCUCAAAGAAAUAGUUGCUUAUUGUAGAAUUUGAGAUAAUGAUAGGUGGGUAUGUAGGAUGUGGUAGGAGGAGAAAUUUCUUAUCCUGCAAAUCCGGUAGUAGGAAAUGCCCAGGCUGUCGAGAGGUGUGGACAACCCUCCCUGAAUGUUCUCAAAGAUACAGAGAAUGCCCUGGAGUUGUUGACUCUGACUAAAGUCACCUCUGGCAACAAAGGGUACCUCAACUGGGGAGCAAGUGACCCCACUGGCCAAAGCCAAGGAGGUGUUCCUGAAAAUUUAAAUUUCUUAAAAACGAGACAAACUACCUCAAGAAAGUGCAAUAAAGUAAAAGAUUGUAGGGACCUAAUAUCUUUGGCAUUUAACCUUAUGACCUCAUGCUUUCCUGACGUCUGUUUGCUUGGCUUAAAGCAUUGAUUCUUUAGCUGCUCCAUCCAGAAUUGAGGGAUGGACAUGGGAGGAAAGAAAACUGGAGGAAAUAAGGUAGGGAAAUAAUAGAAAAUAAUGAAAAUAACCAUUUUGAUCUGUCUGCAUUAUUGUAUCCUGACUUAGGUUUUCCUCUUACAUGGUAAGAGGAUGAGCAGGGCCAGCUCUCCACAAAUGGAUGUUCAAGAGCUUUAUUCCCGUUAUGUAAUUGUUGGAGCCGUAAGCAUUACUGUGAGCACAUGGCAACUAGGUUUUCGCUUUAUUUUCACCUGAGGAAAAUGUACUAUGCUUUUCUCCAUGUGUCUUUAUUGUGGGAAAGUUUCUUCUGCUUUUACUGAGGAUAGAGACAGGAUUGCUGUUGUGCUGUUUUUCCCUAGAUUAUGUCUAGAGACCCAUUCAUCUGCAAUGCCAUUUGUGCUGAAGGGAAGAAAAAAGAAAUAGGAGUUAUCCUGGUGAUGUGCCAGGCACUCCCUCUAUCCUUCACUGCAGUCCUUUCUUCCUCCAUCUUCAAAGCAUGGUUAGCACUGAUGUUUGAAGACUCUGACCUCUGGGCCUUUUUACAACCUAUUUGUUGUGGGAAGAAGGCGUGGAGAUAUGUGCAUUUUGUAUAUAGUUGAAACUAAUUCAAGCUCCUGUUUUUGGCAUUGUGGUGGGUUGGGUGUUCUUUAAAAAGGCCUUUCAACAGAAACAAGAUACAAGAUAAAAAGGAUUAAAAAACAUGUUUCUGAACAGUCACAAAAGAAAUCCACAGAUCUUCAAAAUGAAGUCUAAACUGGAAUCCUAAAGGUAGCUUUACUUAACUUUUGCCAAAUUCAGCAGACCCCGGAUGUCUGCUUAAGUGAUUACACAACGUGUGGAAAUGAGACCUGAGGAAACUCGCAGGCGACUCCAGGGAAGCCGGGACACCCUCCAUGUGGACGGGAAUGCGUGAUGUGCUCCUGGUGGGACAGCGAGGGUUUUGUCUCAGUGUUGGUACCGGAUGGGAGGAAGCAUACAGUCUCUUCCCUGAGAAUUCACAGCCACAGGGUGGCCUUCGGUGGGUUUUCAGCCUCAAUUUACACUACCUGGGUGGCCCUAGAAAUCUGGGGAGUUUAAAGUGACCCUGUGUGGUCAUGUCUCCAGGUGUUUUUCAGAAACAAAUGCAGUUCUCUGAGGCUUCAAAACAGUUCCCACAGAUAACUUCUUGCAGCCUGUUGAAAAAGUCUAAGAUGCAGUCAUGUACCACUAGUGGGGAAGGCCCAGAGCGAUAGAAGCCGACCAUAAAUGCUUUCGAUGUUGACACGGUCACACACGACUGAAAUAGCUUUUUGAUUCGUGAACUGGGGCAUGUUUGAAAAGAAGAGAUGAUAAAAGCCAAUCCAGUAUAUUAAAAAUAGAGUCUUUGAAUUAGAAAUGAGAAAUACAAAUUUGAAAUAAGAACUUGAUGGAUUAAAUAGAUUAUUGAAAUUGAAUGGGCGCUAGUAAAUUGGAAGAGCAUUCUCAGGAAAUUAUCCAGGAUGCCGUCCAAAGGAGAAAGAAGAAUGGAAAAUAGUUGAGGAUCAUGGACAACAGAGGACAAUAGGAUGAGCUCUAAUGUACGUUAUCUGGAGCUCCAGGAGGAGAUAAUAGAAAGGAAGAUGAAAUAUGCAAAGAGAAUGCAUGAUACUUUUUUCAGAUUUGCUGAAUGAUUCCAAACCUCAUAUUUAGGACUCCAAGUACAUUUUGAGCAAGAUAAAAAGCUACGCGUCUCUUGAAACUUGAAGGUGAAAUGCAGGGACCAAAGGUCUCCACCAGUUAGAGGGAGUACAGACUGCCUAUAGAACACAGGCCUGAGGGGUGACAUCGGCAUGAUGGCCUGGAGACAGCGGGACCCUAACCCUUCUGUUACCAACAUAAGAACUGUGGUGGAAAUUGACUGCAACUUUCUUUUUUUAAAUGAAAGAAGGCUAAUUAACAUUUUCAGGCAAAAGCAGAAUUUGCCACUCAGAAAAGGUAACUGUGCCCUAUAUCCUUGAGGCAGAAGGAAAAUGAUGGGAAGAUUCGUGCAAGGAGGAACACUCAGCUAUGGUACUGGUAAAUAAUGUUGGUAAAAGUAAGUAAUCAUUAACUUCAGCAGUGUGUAACUGUGGGUGGGAAUAAGGACUAGGAUGAAAAUACUUAACAAAAACAUUUAAGUUGGAGUAGUUAGAACCGUCAUUUUCGUGUUCUUAUUUUCAGGAGAAAGUAAAGCUAUUGGUUAACAUGACUUUUUGUGCAACUAAAUACCCAUAGUAACUGGGAUAACCAGUGGAAUACACUGAGCACAUAAAUGUAGAGAGGAAAGAAGACGAGAGGAGGGCAUGGAGUUUUCAGCGGCAGCUGCCUGUGAUGGAAGGCGCUAAGUUGCCCGGGUGCCAAGAGGAGGGGCUGUGUCUGUCCCAAUCCAGGGACACACAGUAUGUGGCAAGUGAAAUAGGUGUGUGCAGAGAAACAGGUGUUAGGAGGGCCGAGAACAGGUCCCAGACAAUUCCCAUGAAAGCAAAGUUACAAUUUUAAUAAAGUAUUUGCUGCCUCAUACUGAGUUGGUCAGCCUGACUUAAAAGGUCAGGAUAGAAUAUUUUCCUAUCUUGCUGGCUAAACAGGCAACUCUGAGUACAGUCUUCUUCCAGUGCCUCUCCAAUCCUAGUAGAACUUGACCCCACAUGGAGCUCAGUUAAGACUGGAAACUGCCCUUUGACAUGAGGGAGAUCUAUUUAAGGAACUACUGGCUUUGGAGUACAAGAGGUCAAGGGAGCAGUGAGCUGUCUCUAGCUCAUCUCUGCAUCCGUUCCUAGGUUCUAGGAGGGACUAUCUCAGGGACAUUGAUACAAAUUUUUGGAUUGUAAUGAUACAUUUGCAAUAGAAAUUUCUUUCUUAUGAUCUGCCUAAAGCAUAUGCCUUAAGUCAGCAAGGCAUAGAUUUUAUUCUAUUUUGUAAAGAUUUUAUUUAUGCUGACAAGAGAUGCGGGGAGUGAGAGAAUUUGUCAGACACAGUGGGGAGCAGAACAGGCAGAUCCACUGAAAUACGCAGCUGAGGGGAGCAGCGGGCAAGACAGGAGAGGUCUGCUACGCUAUGUGUGUCAGCUCCCUGGCCUUUGAUGAAACUCAGGCCAGCCACAGUGGCUGGUGAUAGCUUGAUAGCACUGAGACUUUAACCCCUGCACUACCAUGGAGGCCCAAGGAAUAGAUUUUAUCUGGCGCAUAAUGUCUUCAAGUGCCUACAGCUUUUAUUUGUCAUUUCUGUUUGCUGGGGGUUAGUGCCACUGAACUAGAGCUCACAGGUUUCCAAAAUGAUACAGAACUCAGCACUAAAUAUAGACUCUGGAACCAGACCAUUUGAAGCCCUCACUCUCUUGCUUACCUGUGAAACCUUGAGCAUAUUUCUUAUGCUUUCAGUGCCGUUUGUCAUAUGUAAGGUGGGAAUAAUAAUAAUGCCUAUAUGUAGGGUCUUUAUGAAUAUUAAGAUGAUGCAUGAAGCUGCAUGUGAAACUGGUACAUAGUAAAAAUUUUAAUCAUUUCAUGAUUUUGUCAACGCCAGGUAUUUCUCUUCUGCAUAUAUGGAUAUAUAAUUUGUUUAUCUGUAUCAUCAUUCUGCUCAGUGUCUGUAUCUGACUACUCAGGGAUGGUUUCAAGGGCAACCCAAAAUAACAAAAGCCUACCUGUCCAAGCCGUGGGUCAGGAAAGAUGGCAGCGGCCACUCAGUGGGUACUUAGGCCUCUUUGGUCCAGACUCUGUGCCAGGUGCUUAAAUAAGCUAGCACUUUUAGAAAUGACCCUAUCAGGAGUUCAUGCUGUGGGCUUACUUUGUGGCAACACUUCAGGCUAGGAGUGCUUGUGACAAAGCAGAGGCGUCUGUGUCAGAAUGGGAGAGGACAUCCUCAAAGACAUCCAGGUUUUUCUGUAAGUCUGAAACUCUGAGACUUAAAGAAGCAGUCUUUAUGCACAGCCCGGAGAGCAGGGAAGGGAUUUAGUUAAAGAAUGGAUUAAGGUGUAUUUACUAAGUAGCUUGAAGAGAGAAAUUCAGUGAAGAUAGCUCUUGUCCUCAAGGAACUUCAGGUAAAUGAACCCUAAAAGCAAAGGGUUUUUUAAGCAGUGACGUGGCUACAUCAAUGGCUAUAGAGGCUAGAAUGGAGAGGUCGAUGAGAGGAAGCUGCAAGAUUCUCAGCAAGAGAUGAUGAUGGCUCAAUCAUAGUGUAGAGGACAAAGUUUAUCAGCUUUAGGUCUAUUCAGUAUUGAUGGCAAUUUUAAAAAAAGAUUUACUUAUGCAUACAAGAGCUGGGGUACAGGCCAAAGGUGUGGUAGGUGAGAGGAUUCACCAGAGACAGAGUGGGGAACAGAACAGGCAGACUGACCGAAGUACACUGCUGAGGGGAGCAGCAGGUGAAUCGAGAGGCCUGCUGAGACAUGUGGGUUUCUCCCUGGCUGGGGAUUGAACUCGUGCCGCAGUGGUUGCAGAUAGAUUCAUAGGCUGUCUCUUAACCCCUUGCACAACCAGGGAGCCCCCCUUGAUGGCAAUUUUAAAGCUAGUGUUUAGUGCUUCCUAUGUAAGCACAAAAAGUGUUUUGAAUAUGUUGACAUCUGAUUUUCACAUCAACCCCACGAGGAAGGCAGAUGACGUGAACAGAUACAGUAUUUUGGGGCCAAGCUUUUGCUCAAGGCUUCAGAUGCACUAUUCCUGUUUAAUAUUUACUACCCCUCUGACCAUUGGCGUCUGACAUGAAAUCUUAGAGCAGUUAAGUAACUUGCCUGAGGUUACACUGUGGCAAAGGUCAGACUUUGACCAGAUUUGUUUCAUUCUAAAUCCUGUGUUUUAAACUACUAACCCAAAGUGCUUCCAAUACUUAAAAGGUGGCACUGGUAGAAAAUCAGAUGAGGGUGUGUGGGUCACUUGAGGGUGUCUGGUUGGUGUCAGUAGGAAAUAGCAAGCAGAUAAGGCAGAGUUGGAUGGGAAACUUUUAGUUUCGAGUGAGACUUCACAGUGAAGUAUCCAGUGAGCAGGAGGAUAUGUAGGACCGGAGCUCCAGAGAGGCCUCUCCCUCUGCCCGUGGGUGAUACUUCAAGCUCUGGGCAUAUCUGAGCUGGCCCAGGGAGUGCUAGUGUGAGAAGAGUGGAAGGUUUAGAUUUAAAUCCAAAUUAAAGAAGGGAAAGAGGAUUCUGAAAUCGAGGCCUAAAAGGACAAGAGGGUUUUUUCCUAGAUGCUGGUGAUGUCCCUGGGGCGCAGAACUAGAAAACUGGCUUUAUGAACACCUUUUAAAAAGAAGCCUACAGGGCUUCCCAGUGCAGAGAUGUCUCUAGAAGCAAAUAAAGUAGGGCUUGCUUUGCGCUGUCUUCAACUUGAGAAGAUGUGUUUUUCUUCUGAUCUUCCUAGAGUGUUGUUUGGAUCCUGUUCCAAGGUCUGGAAACCUAACGUGAUAGGUUCAGUCUUCUUUUUUUCCCCUAAAGAUUUAUUUUUAUUUAUGCUUACGAGUACUGGGGUGUAGACCAGAAGUGUGAUGGGUGAGAGCAUUAACCAGAGACAGAGUGGGGAGCAGAACAGUGUACUGAAAUACACUGCUGAGGGGAGCAGCGGGUGAGUCAGGAGAGGUCUGCUGUGCCAUGUGGGUCAGCUCCCAGGCUGGCGAUCAAACUCAUGUUGCAGUGGCUGCUGAUAUCUUGAUAGCACUAACUUUAACCCCUGUGCCACCAGGGAGGCCCCAUCUGGACCUUUAUAAAAAAAUUUUUUGUAGCCAGUGUGGGGGCCCAACAGCCUAUUGCCUCAGGCGACCAGGAAGUA